CUGUGACACACAAAGCAGCAGCAGCAGCAGCGCAUAACGGGGCCGGGCGGAGUUAGGCAAACGCGCUUCGGUUAGCAUGCUUCGGCUGGGCUGGGUGUGGUUUUCAAAACUCAGUUCCGUUAGCAGGAAACGACUCUAGGACCACCAGUACUUCUCUGAGCGACAAAAAGACGCACUAAAAGGUGAAACUUUGUCCUCGGAAUCUGGAAGAAAUUUGAGGAGAAGCUUUUCCACACGGGCGGUGGCGUUUGCUCACUCUUGCGCGUGGACGUCAGCCGAUGGGAAAAAGUUUGCCUUUCUGUUGACUUCAUUGUAUCAGCUCAGUUUGUGACACAUCCGUGAGAGAAGAGACUAAAUACAGACAAAAUGCCGAAAACGAUCAGUGUUCGUGUGACUACAAUGGAUGCCGAGCUGGAGUUUGCCAUCCAACCCAGCACCACAGGGAAACAGUUAUUUGACCAGGUGGUGAAAACCAUUGGGUUAAGGGAGGUGUGGUUUUUUGGACUGCAGUACCAGGACACCAAAGGCUUUACCACCUGGCUUAAACUCAACAAGAAGGUUACGGCUCAAGACAUCCGCAAGGAGAGUCCACUGCUGUUUAAAUUCAGAGCAAAGUUUUACCCUGAAGACGUUUCCGAGGAGCUGAUUCAAGAGGCGACUCAAAGACUCUUCUUCCUUCAGGUGAAAGAGGGGAUCCUGAAUGACGAUAUCUACUGCCCCCCAGAGACUGCAGUGUUGCUGGCAUCUUAUGCAGUGCAGGCCAAAUACACCGACUACAACAAGGAUGUUCACAAUCCUGGAUACCUGUCCAGUGAGAAACUGCUCCCACAGAGAGUUCUGGAGCAGCACAAGCUGAAUAAGGAGCAAUGGGAGGAAAGAAUUCAGGUCUGGCAUGAGGAGCACAAGGGCAUGUUGAGAGAGGACUCGAUGAUGGAGUAUCUGAAGAUAGCUCAGGAUCUGGAGAUGUACGGUGUGAAUUACUUCAGUAUCAAGAAUAAGAAAGGAUCUGAGCUGUGGCUGGGGGUGGACGCCCUGGGACUCAACAUCUACGAGCAUAAUGACAAGAUGACGCCUAAAAUUGGUUUCCCCUGGAGUGAGAUCAGGAACAUUUCUUUCAACGAUAAGAAAUUUGUCAUCAAACCCAUAGAUAAAAAAGCCCCGGACUUUGUGUUCUAUGCCCAGCGUUUACGCAUUAAUAAGAGGAUUCUGGCUCUGUGCAUGGGGAACCAUGAGCUUUACAUGAGACGCCGUAAACCUGACACCAUCGAGGUCCAGCAGAUGAAAGCACAAGCCAAGGAGGAGAAGAACCACAAGAAGAUGGAAAGGGCCAUGCUGGAGGAUGAACGUAAAAAGAGAGAGCAGGCUGAAAAGGAGAAAGAGAAGAUUGAAAAAGAAAAAGAGGAGCUGAUGGAGAGACUCAGAGUGAUAGAGGAACAAACAAAAAAAGCUCAGCAAGAGCUGGAAGAGCAGACCCGCAGGGCGAUGGAGUUGGAUCAGGAGCGUAAACGCGCUCAAGAGGAGGCCGAACGCCUGGAACGAGAGCGCCGCCUGGUAGAAGAGGCCAAAACGGCUCUGCUGCAGCAAUCUGAGAGCCAGAUGAAGAACCAGGAGCAUCUGGCAACUGAACUGGCAGAGUUGACGUCUAAGAUCUCCCUGCUUGAGGAUGCCAAAAAGAAGAAAGAGGAGGAAGCAUCAGAGUGGCAAAUGAAGGCCACUCAGGUGCAGGAGGACCUGGAGAAGACUAAAGAGGAGCUGAAGAACAAAGUCACGUCAGUCCAUGUCCAAGAGCCAGUGCAUGGAGAAAACGACAACGACGAGGGUGACGAGAGCAGCGCAGAGGCCUCCGCUGAAUUCACCUCUGAAGCUGACUAUAAAGACAGGAGUGAGGAGGAGCGCAUGACAGAGGCUGAGAAGAACGAACGAGUGCAGAAACAUCUGCUGGCUCUCACUUCUGAGCUUGCUAAUGCUCGUGAUGAGACCAAGAAGACCCAGAACGACAUCAUCCACGCAGAGAAUGUAAGAGCAGGACGUGAUAAAUACAAGACGCUUCGUCAGAUCCGCUCUGGAAACACCAAACAGCGAAUUGAUGAGUUCGAGUGCAUGUAAAUGUACUGCAGUCAGCCAACAGGGGGAGCUACAGCCUGUCUUUUGCAUCAUUCCUGCAGAGGAACUACAGUACCCACAGUGCACCACUCCAACAGAAAACAAAGCCAAAUAUAGAAAAAUGCUGCAUAGUUAAAAAAUUCCUUUAAUUCGGGAGUGUUAUUUGGGUUACUGCGUUAUGAUAAGGGAGAUUUAUUUUUUGCAUGGUUUGGGCCUAGACGUAGCUUUUUUUAUUGGAAAACAUUGGAAAACGGAUUGCUGAUUAACCAAACUAAAGGGUUUUAAUUUCAGUAAAACUUGGAUUUCAGUAGGAAUGAAGAUUAGAAAAAGCAUUCCAGUGUUAGGAUAGGUUUCAAAAGCACUCCAGAGAGACAUGUCAGAGUGCCAAUUCAGAUCAGUAUAGUUGACAUCAAAUUUUACAGUGCCAUUGUGAUGGUGUAAUAGCCUAGUUAUUGCUAUAACAUUGUAUCUAUGUGCCUUUUUAAAUAAAACAACUACAGUAUAGAUUAAAACUCACGGCUAUCUGCUCCCCAUCAACCACUCUGCAAAUACUGGCAAGCCACAAGAGCAAAAGUGUGUGUGUGUGUGUUUGUGUGUGUGUGUGUGUGUGUGAUCCCUGUUGAUAUAGUUUCUCACUGCUGCAGGUUUGUGGUCGCUCCCUGUUUGUGCCUUUUCACUGUAGAGAAAAUAUCAAACUGUAUUUUUAGUUUAGUUUUUUAAUCCUACUCUUAUUUUAAGCCUUUUUUUAAUGAAGAGACUUUUGUUUUAGAGGCAUUUGAAUAUUUUUUUCCGCAGUAUUAUUGUAAAGAAUCCUUUAAUAGAAUGACAUUUAAAAAGCAUCUUCUGGGAAUAAUUUUCUCCCUUUAUUUCCGAACAGUAUUUACCCAGAGUGUACACAGUUUUAAAUAGAUCUCCACCUGUAGGCAGUGCCUUAGCUGUUUUUGUGAUCUGUAAUCAUUUUAUUUUUAUUCAAGUGGCAUCAUG